CAUGAUGUGCCAAAGGAAUGCAGAAAAGAAUGCACUUUCCAGAAGUGUGUUCCCACUGGUGGAUGUUUCAUAUAUCAAACCAUGGCAAGGUUUACCGGUGGACUUUCGUAAGAGUUUGCGGCGGUAAAAUGAGAGUUGGGAACAGCCCCCUAUUAAGUAGCAGAUUGUGGAAAGAUUCUACCCACUUGGACAGAGACUUCUUUCUUGGACAUCUGCUGUUGGAGCUUCCAGUAGCCAGCUAGAGGAGAGAAGGGUACACCCAGAGCUCCUAAAAGUUAUCUAUUAGUUUCUAGAGGGGAGUCUUCAACGAGACUGCAUUUACAUUUUUUGAUUUUAUUCUGUCAAAAUUGACCAGAUUGAUUCAUGUGCUGCUGACCCAUAACGUCUAAAAAUGAAGAUAAGGCUGUCGCUGGCGGUGGCUGCCUUUGUUGCUGUGUUAUUCUCCACAGUUGAAGCUCAAGUGGAGCCCCCCUCAGACUUGAAAUUUAAAAUUCUAAAUGAGAACACAGUGCAAAUGUCAUGGAGAAAACCAUCGCACAGGAUACAAGGCUACAGAAUACAAGUUGUAUCGGAUACAGAUGAACCAGACAAAGAGUUGAACCUCCCUGCCACUGCUACAAAGACAUCUAUCACAGACCUGACUCCUGAUCUGGACUACUCAGUGUCCAUCAUCUCCUAUGAUGGCACAGAGGAGAGUAUACCCAUCUUUGGCCAGCUCACUAUUCAAUCCAGUAACACAAGUGGAACAGCAAGGAGACCUCAGACUUCAGAUGCAAUCAAGUGUUCAGUCAAUGCCAUAGCAGACCUAGUCUUCCUGGUGGAUGGCUCCUGGAGUGUUGGCAGGGAAAACUUUAAGCACAUCCGCAGCUUCAUCAGUGCCUUGGCUGGUGCCUUCGACAUUGGAGAGGACAAGACCAGGGUGGCCGUGGUCCAGUACAGCACAGACACCCGCACUGAGUUCCCCCUCAACCGCCACUCCAAACGAGGAGAGCUUCUCAAAGCCAUCAACACCCUGCCCUACAAGGGAGGAAACACCAUGACAGGGGAUGCCAUGGACUACCUGCUGAAAAACAUCUUUACGGAGGCGGCUGGCGCCAGGAAAGGCUUUCCGAAGAUAGCCAUGAUCAUCACAGACGGAAAAUCCCAGGACCCAGUGGAGGAGUAUGCUAAACGACUCAGGAACAUUGGAGUGGAAAUAUUUGCCUUAGGCAUCAAAGGAGCAGAUGAGGAUGAACUGAAAGAAAUGGCCUCAACUCCCCACAACACACAUGUCUACAAUGUUCCUAACUUUGAUGUGAUCAAGGCAGUGCAGAAAAAGCUCAUCACUCAGGUGUGCUCCAGUGUGGAAGACCAGCUCAACUCUCUAGUGAGCGGAGAUGAUGUGGUGGAACCGGCCUCUAACCUCCAAGUACUUGAGAUCUCCUCUAAGUCCAUGAGGGUGACGUGGGAUCCCUCUCUGGGGGAGAUCACGGGCUACAAGCUGACCCUGAUGCCCAUGAUGACUGGGAUGAAGCGCCAGGUGGUAUACGUGGGGCCCACCCAGACCUCCGUCAACGUCCGGGACCUGUCCCCAGAGACUGAGUACGAGAUCAGCCUGUUCGCCCUGAAGGGUCUGACACCCAGUGAUGCUGUCCUGGCCAUGGAGAAGACUCAGCCUGUCAAGGUGUCAUUGGAAUGUUCUCUUGGAGUGGACGUACAAGCUGACGUGGUCCUGCUGGUCGAUGGUUCCUACAGUAUCGGAUUACAAAACUUUGCCAAAGUCAGAGCUUUCCUGGAGGUCCUGGUCAACUCCUUCAACGUCGGGCUUGACAAGAUCCGGCUCAGCUUAGUCCAGUACAGCAGGGACCCCCACACCGAGUUCGCCCUGAACACCUAUAAUGACAUUGCUUCAGUGGUCAAGGCUGUCCGGACAUUCCCUUACCGCGGAGGCUCCACCAACACGGGCAAGGCCAUGAACUACGUCAGGGAGAAGAUCUUUAUCUCCACCCGAGGUGCUCGAACCAGCGUCCCACGUGUCAUGGUCCUCAUCACAGACGGCAAGUCCUCGGACUCCUUCAAGGACGCGGCCACCAACCUAAGGAAUAUAGAUGUGGAAAUCUUUGCCGUAGGGGUGAAGGAUGCUGUGAGGUCAGAGCUGGAAGCCAUUGCUAACGCCCCAGCAGCGACCCACGUAUACACUGUGGAGGACUUUGAUGCUUUCCAGAGGAUCUCCAAGGAGCUCACCCAGUCCAUCUGCCUGAGGAUCGAACAAGAGCUCCUCAACAUCAAGAAGAGGAGUCUGAUUGCACCCAGGGACCUGGAGUUCUCUGAGGUGACGUCCAGAAGCUUCCGUGUCACCUGGACAACCGAUUCCACCAAUGUCAUGUCCUACUUGGUGCGUUUCCGUAAGGCAGAGGAUAUCACUGGGGACUACAUCUCCCUGGCUGUGCCAGCCGACACCACCAGCGCCAUCCUGCCACACCUCACCCCCUUCACCACCUACGAGGUCAACGUGUUCGCCCAGUAUGACAAAGGAGACAGUUUCCCUCUGUCAGGGGAGGAGACCACUUUGGAAGAACGAGGGACGGUGCAGGACCUGAGUGUGUCUGAGGAGACCACGGACAGUUUCCGGGUGUCGUGGCUGGCGGCGCCAGGGCCCGUGGUGAGGUACCGGCUGUCCUACAUCCCCGUGACAGGGGGAGGAGAGGUGCUGGAGGCCCAGACCAACGGACCUGACACCACUAUCGUGCUCCAGGAGCUGUUCCCCAUCACCACCUACCGUGUGUUUGUGUCUGCAGAGUACACCUCUGGCCUGGGAGACAAGAUGCAGGUCGACGGAACCACCAAGGAAGUCCGUGGUUCUCCCCGUGAUCUCCGUGUCUUCAACGAGACCGUGUCCAGCAUGAAGGUGUCAUGGAGGGCCGCUCCCGGGAAUGUCCUCCAGUACCGCGUGGCCUUCAAACCAGCCGACGGCACCGGGGAGAGGAAGGAGAUAGCCGUGAAAGGAGACACCACCAUGGCUCUGCUGAAGAACCUCCAGCCUGCUACUGAAUAUGAGCUGUUUGUCAGUGCCCGCUACACCUCUGGGCUGGGAGACCCACUCCUGGGUACAGGCACCACCCUAGAAGUCCUUGGCUCCCCUAAAGACCUGGUUACCAAAGAUGUCACGGAAACCAGCUUCGCUGUCUCCUGGACGGCAGCGCUUGGUAAUGUGCGCUCCUACUGGUUGAAGUGGAAGUCGUUGUACACAGAGGAGACAGGGGAGAAGUCAGUCCCCGGAGAUAUAACGGCCACAGUGCUGGACGGGCUCACUCCAGAGACGCGCUACCAGGUCUCUGUCUACGCAACCUACGACAGGGGUGAGGGGGAGCCGCUCGUGGGUGCUGAGACCACAGAUGUGUCUGCAGCCGGAAAAGUUGUCGUCGUUUCCGAGGAGACGGAGAAGAGCAUGAAGGUGACAUGGCAGCCUGCACCCGGGAAUGUUGUCAACUACCGGGUGACGUACAAGCCGGCGUCGGGAGGGCGACAGCUGGCCACCAAGGUGCCCGCUGGGACCACCAACACCAUCUUAAGACGCUUAACACCCAUGACUACCUACGACAUCACAGUGCUGCCUGUGUACAAGCAGGGAGAAGGAAAAGCAAGGCAAGGAGUAGGAACCACACUGUCACCGUACAAAGCCCCUAGAAACUUGCAGACCUCCGAGCCUGCUAGGACCAGUUUCAGAGUGACCUGGGACCCCGCUCCAGGGGAGGUCAAGGGCUACAAGGUCACCUUCCACCCCAUUGGGAAUGAUAUAGACCUGGGAGAGCUGCUGGUCGGACCCUAUGACAACACUGUGGUUCUGGAGGAGCUCAGGGCUGGUACCAAGUACACAGUGAGUGUGUUUGGGAUGUUUGAGGGAGGAGAGAGCCAGCCGUUGGAUGGAGAGGAAAAGACUACUCUCUCUGAUGCCCCUGAACCACCACCAUAUGAUGGAGAUGUGGUGUGUAAGACCAAAGCCCGGGCUGAUAUAGUCCUGCUGAUCGAUGGCUCCUGGAGUAUCGGCCGUCUGAACUUCAAGACCAUUCGCUCCUUCAUCUCUCGCAUGGUGGGAGUCUUUGACAUCAGCCCUGACAGGGUCCAGAUCGGUCUGGCCCAGUACAGUGGUGACCCUAAGACUGAGUGGCACCUGAACGCCCACAGGACCAGGGCUUCCCUGUUGGAGGCUGUAGCCAACCUGCCCUACAAAGGAGGCAACACCCUCACUGGUUUGGCUCUGAACUACAUCCUCCAGAACAAUUUCAAGGAGAAUGUUGGGAUGAGACCCAACGCUCGUAAGAUCGGAGUGCUGGUCACUGAUGGCAAGUCUCAGGAUGACAUCAUUGCCAACUCCCAGAACCUGCGUGACCAGGGCAUUGAGUUGUAUGCCAUCGGUGUGAAGAACGCUGAUGAGAAUGAGCUGAGGUCCAUCGCCUCUGACCCGGAGGAGAUCCACAUGUACAACGUUGCCGACUUCUCCUUUCUGCUGGACAUAGUGGACGACCUGACUGACAACCUCUGUAACAGCGUCAAGGGACCAGGAGGUGGUCCCGGGGCACCCACGGACCUUGUGACCUCAGAGGUGACUCAUUAUUCGUUUCGUGCCAGCUGGACAGGCCCUGAAGGUCCAGUGGAAAAGUACCGUGUGGAGUACAUGACCUUGUCUGGACGCCCUCAGCAGAUGUUUGUUGAUGGCUCUGUGACCACAGCCAUCCUACCUAACCUGAACCCACUGACUGAGUAUCUGGUCAACGUCUACUCUGUCAUCGGAGAGGAGAGCAGCGACCCACUGAAGGGCUCUGAUACCACCUUGCCCCUCAGCGCAGUGAGGAAGAUGAUCAUCUAUGAGGAGCGUCCCACCACCAUGAGGGUGAAGUGGGAGGAAGCAGUGGGUGCCACGAACUACAUGCUACUCUACAGAGCCAUCAACGCCACAGAGCCCUCCGUGGAGAAAGAGAUGAGAGUUGGAGGGGACACGACUGAUGUCCAGCUGGUGCAGCUGAUCCCCAACACGGCCUACGCUCUGUCUGUCUUAGCCCUGCAUGGACAGUCAGCCAGCGACCCCCUGACCAAGCAAGGAGUCACAUUGCCCAUGCCCCCUGCGGGAGAGCUGAGGGUCAGAGACGUUACCCACAGCACCCUGAAGAUGAACUGGGAUGCUGCUCCAGGUGCUGUCCUCAAAUACAUCAUCACCUACACGCCUGAUGAGGGAGAGGCCAAAGAGCUUGAAGUGGGGGGAGGUGUGACCUCCAAGGCCCUGGACAACCUGAUCUCUCAGACUGAGUAUGUCCUGGCUGUAACCCCCAUCUACAAUGAUGGAGCUGGAAACCCCAUGCUCAACACAGCCAUCACAGAUGUUGUUCCUGCUCCUAAGAACCUGCGUUUCUCUGAGGUGACCCAGACCAGCUUCAGAGCCAACUGGGACCAUGGGGCCCAUGACGUGGCCCUCUAUCGUAUUGGCUGGACUAAGAAAGGAGAAACCAACUUUCAAUAUUCCAUCCUGAACAGUGAUGAGACCAGUAACGUGUUGGAAAAGCUGCAACCAGACACUAUGUACGACGUGUCCAUCACCGCCAUAUACCCUGACGAGUCUGAGAGUGAGGACCUGCUGGGCAGCCAGAGAACAUUGUCCAAGGUUAUUUUCACCCCUGCCCCCACAGGGCCUCCUCAGAACCUGCAGGUGUUCAAUGCCACGACCAUCACUCUGACCGUCAAGUGGGACCACGCCCCUGGUCGUGUCCAGAACUACAAGAUCACAUACGUCCCCACUGCCGGAGGCAAGACCCAGUCGACGCAGAUUGGAGGGAAGAAGAACACGGUGCUGCUUCCCAAGCUGACCCCCGACACUCCCUACUCCAUCACCGUGUCAGCCAUCUACAGCAACGGGGAGAGCAAGGACAUCUCUGGCAAGGGAAAAACCAAGCCUCUGGGUGGAGUGCGGAGCCUCCAGGUCACUGACCCUACCACCAGCACCCUGAACGUCCAAUGGGAGGCCGCCGAGGGCAAUGUGCGCCAGUACAAGAUCUACUAUGUGCCAACCGCUGGAGGACCUGAGGAAGUGGCCCAGGUGUCUGGUAGCACCACCAACACUUUGCUGAAGAACCUGAUGUCUGACACCCUCUACACCGUCACUGUGGUCCCUCUCUACCCCCCUGGAGAGGGCAAACGCAUGUCUGAGAACGGCAAGACACUGGAGCGUACCCCCGUGAGGAACAUCCAGGUCUUCGGCCCCACCACCAACACCCUGAAUGUGCGCUGGGAUCCCGCCUCAGGCAAGGUCGUGCAGUACAGGGUUGUCUACGCACCCCUGAGCGGCACCAAGCCCUCAGAGUCGAUCCUGGUUCCUGGGACCUCCACCACCACCCUGCUGGAGCAGCUGGUCCCGGACACGCCUUACAACGUGGGAGUGGUUGCUAUCUAUGCCAACGGAGAAGGACCACCGGCUGAAGACAAGGGCACAACACUUCCCCGCAGUGGCCCUAGGAACAUGCGUGUUUAUGAUGCCACUACCAGCUCUCUGACCGUGGCAUGGGAACAUGCUGAGGGACCUGUGCAGCAGUAUAAGAUCACCUACGCCCCCACCACUGGAGACCCCAUCGAGGAGCACACCAUGGUUCCUGGGAACAGAAAUAGCGUCAUCCUGCCCAACCUGGAUGCAGACACUCCCUAUAAGAUCAACGUGCAGGCCAUCUACCCUGACGGACCAGGGGGAGAUCUGGAUGGAGACGGGCAUACAGUUGGCAUGCUAGGACCUCAGAAUCUGAGAGUGUCAGAUGAGUGGUACACUCGCUUCAGGGUGUCCUGGGACGCAGCACCCUCCAGAGUGGUGGGCUACAAACUGGUCUACUCACCUGAAGGUACUGAUCAGACCAUGGAGACGUUUGUUGGAGAUGUGACCAGCUACCAGCUGCACAACCUACAGCCUGGAACAACCUACGACCUCAAGGUGUUGGCCCAGUACGACGCUGGCCUCAGCGGACCUCUCAUUGGACAAGGAACCACAUUGUACCUGAACAUCACUGACCUGACCACCUACAACGUUGGUUAUGACACCUUCUGCAUGAGAUGGACCCCCCACAGGGCUGCCACUUCCUACAGACUCAAACUCAAUCCAUUCAACCCCUCUAACAGGGGAGGUCAGGAGACCACCAUCACUGGGUCUGAGAGCCACUACUGUUGGGACGGCCUGACCCCUGACGCCCUCUACAACGCCACGGUGUACACACAGACCCCCAACCUGGAGGGGCCUGGAGUCAGCGUCAAGGAGAGGACCCUGAUUAAGCCCACAGAGACCCCAACUGAGCCUCCCACUCCACCUCCACCCCCCACCAUCCCCCCUGCUAUGGACGUGUGCAGAGGGGCCAAGGCUGACCUGGUGUUCCUGAUUGACGGCUCCUGGAGUAUCGGAGACGAGAGCUUCAGCAAAGUGAUCCAGUUUGUGUUCAGCAUGAUCGGAGCCUUCGACGUCAUCCACCCUGGCGGCAUGCAGGUGUCUUUUGUGCAGUUCAGUGACAGUGCCAAGACAGAGUUCAAACUGAACACUUACCAAGACAAGGGAAGGACCUUGGCUGCGCUGCAGCUUGUCCGCUACAUGGGAGGAAACACCAAAACAGGUGCUGCUCUGAAGCACGUUGGUGAGAAGGUGUUCACCUCAGACAACGGCAUGAGGAAGUACGUGCCUAAGGUUCUGGUGGUCGUCACCGAUGGUCGCUCCCAAGACGAGGUCCAGAAGAGUGCCUCCAACCUGAUACACUCUGGUUACAGUGUAUUUGUGGUCGGUGUGGCCGAUGUGGACGUGGCAGAGUUGAGGAACAUUGGCAGCAAGCCAAGUGAAAGACACGUCUUUGUUGUGGAUGACUUUGACGCGUUCGCCAAGAUCCAGGACAACCUCCUCACAUUCAUCUGUGAAACGGCCACAUCCACUUGUCCUUUGAUCUACAUCAACGGGUUCACCUCACCUGGCUUCAGAAUGCUUGAGGGCUUCAACAUCACAGACAGGACCUUCGCUGCCAUGAAUGGCGUGUCCAUGGAACCUGGCUCUUUCAACAGCUUUAUAGGCUACAGGCUACACAAAGAUGCAUUCCUCUCUGCACCCACAAAGGAGAUCCACCCAGAGGGUCUUUCUCCAUCCUACACCAUUAUCCUGCUCUUCCGUCUCCUCCCCGACACCCCCAACCAGGCCUUUGAUAUCUGGCAGAUUGCCGAUGGUAACAACAACCCUGAGGUCGGGGUCACUGUCAACCCUUCCAGCAAAACAAUCACGUUUUACAACAAGGACACCAGAGGGGAGAUCCAAAGAGCAACGUUUAAUGAGGAUCAAGUGAAGAGAAUUUUCCACGGGAGCUUCCACAAGCUUCACAUCAGUGUCUCUCCCGAGAGGGUCAAACUGAACGUGGACUGCCAGGAGGUUGCAGAGAAACCCAUCAAGGAGGCCAACAACAUCUCCACAGAUGGCUAUGAAGUGCUGGGCAAGAUGGCGAAGUCAGGAGGAUCAAAGAGAGAGUCGGCUACAUUCCAGCUCCAGAUGUUUGAUAUUGUGUGCAGCUUGAGCUGGACCAGCAGAGACAAAUGCUGUGAUCUCCCGGCCACGAGAGAUGAGCUUAAGUGCCCGGCUCUUCCCCACGCCUGCACAUGUGCACAGGACAGCGUUGGCCCACCGGGACCACCCGGCCCCUCGGGUGGACCAGGUACUAAAGGACCCAGAGGAGAGAGAGGAGACUCAGGACCAACUGGUUCAAUGGGCCCCCGUGGAGAACAAGGACUUCCAGGACCAUCCGGACCUCCAGGUCCACAAGGCCCUAAUGGCUUGUCUCUGCCCGGAGAACCUGGCCGUCCCGGACCAAAGGGAGAUCCCGGAGACUCAGGCCUGACUGGGCUGCAAGGUCCUGCUGGUGCUGCUGGUCCUAUGGGUUCUGUUGGAUCAGGAGGAGUGCGGGGACCCCCAGGGAAGGAAGGACCAUCGGGACCUAGAGGUCCAACGGGACCGAUGGGAAGUCCAGGAUCUCCGGGUUCACCAGGAAACACAGGAAGCCCAGGAAAACCAGGAGACACUGGAAACCCAGGACUGUCUGGAGUAAAAGGAGAAAAGGGAGAAAGGGGGGACUUUGCAUCUCAGAAUCUGAUGCGUUCCAUUGCCAGACAAGUUUGCGAACAGCUUGUGAAUAGUCAAAUGAGCAGAAUUAAUAAUAUGAUCAACCAGAUCCCCACCGGUUACUCUAGCAACAACCCAGGCCCCGCAGGCCCCCCUGGUACCGCCGGCAACACGGGUCCUCGUGGAGAACCUGGACAGACUGGCCGAAAUGGUUUCCCUGGAAACCCCGGCUUACCUGGAAACCAAGGAGAGAGAGGGAUGCCAGGAGAGAAGGGAGAGAGAGGAUCCCCUGGAACAGGACAGAGAGGACAGAGAGGACUCAGUGGUCCCCCUGGGCCACCAGGCGAGGCUCGAACUGGCGCCACAGGUACUACGGGCUCUGCUGGGCCUCGGGGCCCUCCUGGUCGCCAGGGAACCUCAGGAGUGAGGGGACCACCUGGACCCCCUGGCUACUGCGACUCCUCCCAGUGUGUUGGCAUUCCUUACAAUGGACAAGGUUACCCAGGUCGGUCCUAGUAAACUCUCUAUGCUGCCUGUGCUGCUUACAGUCCUGUUUCUGAGAUGUUAGCUCACUGGCUAAUGAGCCCUUAAGGAUAACCACCGGGGACAUAAUUAAUGAACAACGUUAAAAACCAAAAAACGAGACAGAAAGGAGUGGACUCGCACUAACACCACUUCACAGCUACUAUCAGACAAGCUGCAGAGAUGGCAACCCUACUGGCCUGUUUGUAUCUUGAACCAAAACCCCAGCAAACAGAGAGAGAAUGCUUCUCUACGCGGGAAGGAGCAUGUAAAAAAACAAAAACUACUAACAAAGUGGAUCUCAUAGCAAAAGAACAAGUGUUAACAUGUUGACGUAGAGGUGAUAUCUGUAAAUAAACUAAUUGUGCCUUGUAAUUGAUGUUUGAACCACACAAUCCACUAAAAUCAUUUAACAUCUGUAUUGAGCUUGUGCCUUAUAACCUGCUUCUUACUGACUUACUGCCAGCAUAACCUCUGUUUUAUUACAGUAUGAGGCCUGUGAUUUACACAGCUUGUGCUCCGGUCCAAACCGAAGCAUGUGACAUUUGUACAUUUAAUCAUGAUGUUCUUUGUAUGUUUGCCUAAUCUAUGCUAAGCGUUCUUUUCCUACCAUUUUCUUAUGUUUAUAUAUAUUUAGUAUUCAGACACCUUGACUUUUUCCACAUAUUGUUACAUUACAGCCUUAUUCUAAAAUGGAUUCAAUUGUUUUUUUCCCUCAUCAAUCUACACACAAUACCCCAUAAUGACAAAGCGACUCCGGGAUGCUGGCCUUCUAGGCAGAGUUCCUCUGUCCAGUGUCUGUGUUCUUUUGCCCAUCUUAAUCUUUUCUUUUUAUUGGCCAGUCUGAGAUAUGGCUUUUUCUUCGCAACUCUGCCUAGAAGGCCAGCAUCCUGGAGUCGCCUCUUCACUGUUGAAUUUGAGACUGGUGUUUUGCGGGUAUUAUUCAAUGAAGCUACCAGUUGAGGACUUGUGAGGCGUCUGUUUCUCAAACUAGACACUCUAAUGUACUUGUCCUCUUGCUCAGUUGUGCACCGGGGCCUCCCACUCCUCUUUCUAUUCUGGUUAGAGACAGUUUGCGCUGUUCUGUGAAGGGAGUAGUACACAGCAUUGUACGAGAUCUUCAGUUUCUUGGCAAUUUCUCGCAUGGAAUAGCCUUCAUUUCUCAGAACAAGAAUAGACUGACUGGUUUCAGAAGAAAGUCUUUGUUUCUGGCCAUUUUGAGCCUGUAAUCGAACCCACAAAUGCUGGUGCUCCAAAUACUCAACUAGUCUAAAGAAGGCCAGUUUUAUUGCUUGUUUAAUCAGUACAACAGUUUUCAGCUGUGCUAACAUACUUGCAAAAGGGUUUCUAAUGAUCAAGUAGCCUUUUAAAAUUAUAAACUUGGAUUAGCUAUCACAAUGUGCCAUUGGAACACAGGAGUGAUGGUUGCUGAUAAUGGGUCUCUGUACGCCUAGGUAGAUUUUCCAUAAAAAAUCAGCCGUUUCCAUCUACAAUACUCAUUUACAACAUGAAUAAUGUCUACACUGUAUUUCUGAUCAAUUUGAUGUUAUUUUAAUGGACAAAAAAUGUGCUUUUCUUUCAAAAACAAGGACAUUUCUAAGUGACCCUAAACUUUUGAACGGUAGUGUAUAGAUAUAUAUAUAUUAGUUAAUUUGCUGAGGAACAUUUGUUGUAUAACACCACAAUGGGUUUUAGGAGUAGCAAAAGGAUAGGAUAGAGCUAGAGACAAGUGGCAGUGUUGUAUUAGUGUUUUGUUACAAAUUCAAUCCCAGCUUUAUUACUUGUAUUGAUAUUUAUCUUUAUAUGCGGUAUGUGUUCAAUAUGGUUAAUAUUUCUCAAUAACAUUAAGUUCAGCAGUGCAUGUAAUCACUCUAACAUAGAAACAAGAUAAAUUACAGUUCUUUGGUCCAUACAUUCAAUACCUUGGUUGAUUUUUCAUGUUUAGGACAUAGUCAAACAUUUAGGUUGUACAUUGUGCAUGUUAAGUCUCAGCCUGUUGACUAAAGUCCUGUUUGAUUGGCCAAACUAAUGUUUCUAGCCACCGGCUACGAGCCCGACCCUGAAACCUACCUAGUCCCUAUACCCGAGGAAGAACCGGAAGAUGAAUCUGAGGCAAUACAGUCGCCUGGUUA